UAGCCACUUUGAGGGAACUCUCAAACUCGCAUUCUUUUUUCUGGAAAUUACCACAGGUAAAAAAGAAGAAAUCAUGCUGAUCUUCACUACACUAUGUCUUCUCUGCUGGACACAAUUCAAUGGAGUGAUGUCUGGCCCAUACCCAUUAGAAUUCCACGAAAAUUCUAUUGAUGACAUGUACAGUGAUUGCAAAGACAUGAUUAAGAAAAAGUUCGAAAAGUUUAGAAAGGAACUGGAAGAGACCGAAUAUGACUGGAAAAAUGAAAGAAACACUAUAAAAGAUCAUCCAUUUCUGACUCCGGAUGAACUGACAGCUCUUCGUGUCUACACUAAAAAUGAAAAUGGAGUUUAUUCCGAUUUUAACAGUGCUACUAGGACAGGUAGAAAUGUAUAUGGCGCCUCAUUUAAGUACCACACUUUAUAUUUCUUACUUACAUCAGCUAUACAGAAAAUAAAAGAACAUGACAAACGUUGCUAUUUUACUUAUAGAAGGACCUACAGUACUUUUGAAAAAAAAGAAAAGGAAAUUCGACUUGGUAGCUUUACAUCCAGCUCUCUGACUUCAAAUUUGGAACAAUACGGGAAAAAAUCCUGCUUUAAAAUCAAAACCUGUCAUGGUGCCGACAUAAUAAAUUAUUCAGCUCAUCCUGAAGAGAAAGAAGUGCUCAUACCACCAUAUGAGGUGUUCAAAUUUGUAGAGGAAAAAGUUGAAAAACUGAAAGAUUGUGAGACUGUCUAUGUCUUGGAAAGUAUUGGCACUAAGAGCAGACUGGACUGCAAACUAGUGAAUUAAAGAAAAACUAAUAGUGAUUAGUAAGUUGGAAUUAUCCUCAAUCCUGGGGAGUGCUUUUUGCCAUAUAUAUUAUAUACAAGACACUUUUGUAAUAGAUGAUGAAAUUUGAAUUUACUUAAAAAAGUUACUGCUUGCUAUUAUUUACAUGCUUCCAUGAUAUAGUUUAAUGUGGAGAAUUCAUCAACAGUUUUGACUUGCUUUAUAAAUUGGUUUCCAAAGCACUGAAUAAAAUCACUGUAGCAUUAAAAUGU